GGCUGUAGACACAAGGCUCCAAGUUCUACCUUUAAUGGAGUCAUCCCACAAGCCAUCCCUGCUCUAGUGUGACUUCCCCAGGGAGAGCCAGUGCUGCUGCUGCUGCUUCCUCCAGCCCAAUAAUCCCAGCACCUCAUUCCCUGGGUGCUUCCCUCUCCUAGCUGUUGUUUUUGCCAGCUCUGCAGUCAGCCAGGCAAGAACAAUCAGUCCUGCAAAUGAAAGGUGAUCUGAUGGCCAUGUCUGUGCACACACACAGGGAGGCUGCAUUGUGUGCUGUGCUUGCCAUGUAGAGCAGGGACUGGCUCUUUAAGAACAGGACAUAUUUCUCUCUCUCUCUCUCUCUCUCUCUCUCUCUCUCUCAAUCUUUUCUCAUAUGUAUUCUUUCCUGUGUGGAGCUGCUUCAAAGGAUGAAUAAUGACCUCCUCUGUCUGCAACCCAGGGUUAUUAUUAUUGCAAGGGAAAGCCUCCAUGGGACUGGACUAUGCUGCUGAGCAAGCUGAAGACAUAGACUAGAGAGCUGGCUGGGUAUCCAUCCUAGGAAUCCCAAGCAGCAGUAGCCAGGCCCCUGUAUAUAUCCUCCAUCCUCCACAACCACUAUCAAGAGACACUGACCUCCUGUCAACUAGGAUCUUCUAUGUAGAGAAGAAAAAAAAAAAAAUUCUGAGUCCACCCACAUGCAUGCACCGUUAAAUAGGCAAGUCUCAUGUGCAUCUCUCAGUGAGACUUCAGCAGGAACAAGCUGAGUGAGCAAGGAGCAGCAGAGCUGAUGGAAGAACCAAAGGUUGCAAAACAGAAGAAGACAUGGAACAGAAAGGUCCUCUUCAUCCUAGGAGUUUUUUUUACCUUGGGGAUAAUUGCUUUAAUUGUAGUAGCAGUCGUACAGAAUAGACCUCUUCCAAAGAAUCUUAAGUAUGGCAUUGUGCUGGAUGCGGGCUCCUCACACACCAACCUCUAUAUUUAUCAGUGGCCAGCCGAGAAGGAAAAUGACACCGGAGUUGUUGAACAGGUAGCAGAAUGUAAAGUUGAAGGCAAUGGUAUAUCUAGCUACUACCUGAAGCCUGUGGAUGCCGGUCGAUCUCUUCAGCAUUGCCUAAACAAAGCCCAAGAAGUGAUUCCAGCCAGUCAACAGAAGCAGACGCCGGUGUAUUUAGGGGCAACUGCUGGAAUGAGACUUCUCAGGCAUACUAACCCGGUGGUGGCCGAUGAGGUUCUGUCGUCAGUGGAGAAUACGUUGCGAUCUUCUAUCUUUGAUUUUCAAGGUGCCAGAAUCAUUUCAGGACAAGAAGAGGGAGCCUAUGGUUGGAUCACUAUUAACUAUCUUCUAGGAAACUUUAUUCAUGCAUGGCCAUAUUCUAAAUCAUUAGGAACAUCAGGUGCUCUAGAUCUCGGAGGAGCCUCAACACAGAUAACCUUUGAGUCCAGUGAACACAUUGAAUCAAAAGAUAAUUCCUUGCACUUCCGAUUAUAUGGCAGAAGCUACAACGUCUAUACACACAGUUUUCUAUGUUAUGGAAAAGACCAGGCCCUCCGUCUGCAGCUGGCUAAUACUAUGGUGAACAUACAGAAUUUCUCCCUGUUGGAUCCCUGCUUUAACUCAGGAUAUACAAGGAAUUUUAGCACAACUGAUCUUUUCAACAGCCCCUGCGUGUCUGAUCGGAGGUCGUCAACAGCACCGCCAAACUUUCGAAUCGAGGGGACGGGGGAUUACAAACUAUGCAAGCAAAAUGUCCUGCAGAUCUUCAACAUAUCCCAUUGUAGCUACUCCAGAUGUUCAUUCAAUGGCAUUUUCCAGCCAGUUUUACAAGGGAAAUUUGCAGCAUUCUCUGCUUUCUUUUUUGUUAUGGACUUUUUAAAAUUAAGCAAGGAGAAGUUCUCUUUGGACACAGUGAAGGAGACUGUGGAGAAACAUUGCUCUAAACCUUGGAGUGAGGUAAAAAGAGAUUCAGGAAAAGUCAAAGAAAAAUAUCUAAGUGAAUAUUGUUUUUCUGGAGUUUAUAUCCUAACUCUUCUUGAACUCGGUUACGGCUUUAAUUCCAGCAGUUGGCAAGAGAUUACAUUCUUAGGCAAGAUCCAGGGCAGUGACGCUGGAUGGACACUGGGAUACAUGCUCAAUUUAACCAAUAUGAUCCCAUCAGAGCUUCCUCUUUCCCCUCCGCUGUCUCAUGAGGGUUAUAUUGGAAUCAUGGCCUUUUUCUCAGUUUUCUUACUAUUCAUCCUUUUGACUUGCUGGCUAUGUUUCCGGAAGCCAAAGUGUCUACAGAAGGGCAUCAUUUAAUAGACAUCUUAAAAUUGAUCAAUUACGAGAUGGGACUGAAGAGCUGCUCCGUGGAUUUGCCUUGCCAUGGAUUCAUAUGGUGACUUUGCAGACCGGAUCAGCUAAGACAAGAAGGGGACAUUGAGCCUUUUCUUACAUUGUGGGACCAUACAAGCCAUGCUUGGAGCACAACUAUUGUUCUUGAAUGGAAUAUUUUAUCAACUUCAUAUUUAUGAAGCUUUUAACUAAGAUUAUUUUUUCAAGAGGAACAUGAUGGAAGACUGUGAGUAGACUGGACUAAAAAAAAAUAAAAAAAAAUUCUAUGAACGUACCAAUGGAUCUUACGUUCAGAACUAUAAAAAAAAAAAUGAUCUCAGGUGACAUCAUAUAACUAGGUCUAUUACUGUAUUUUUAUAAGCCCUUGUCAUUUAUAAUAGAUUGCAUUCCCUUGUCCUUGUCAAGAAAGCCAUAGAAUUGAUAUUGCGUACUCCCAACACAUUGAGGAAGAUAUAUCAAAACCUGUCCAGAGGAAAAGUGGCUGAGUGGCCCAUAGCAACCAAUCAGAUCGCUUCUUUAAUUUUCAAAGAGGCCUGUAAAAAAUGAAAGAAGCGAUCUGAUUGGUUGCUAUGGGAAACUCAGAAACUUUUCCUCUGGGCAGGUUUUGAUAUAUCUCCCCCAUUAUGUUUAUAUAUAAAUGCAGCAAAAACUUCAAAUGGCACUGUUGUGUGAAUGCUUGACCAGACACUGUGUCUUUUAGUGCGAGAAAUAUUUUUCACAUUGAGUGAGAUGAGUAUUUUUUGUAGAAAUCCCCUUAAGAAAGUUUUAUCAUCCGUCUGACCAAGGGUCAACACAUUCCUAGCUUUGUUUUUGAACAUUUGUUGUGUGUGUGUGUGUGUGUGUGUGUUCACCUCUUCUUACUACAGAAAACACAUAAAAUGUCCCAAAUUCUGUGUUGAUUAAUUUCUUAAUUACAGAGUAGACAUAAAGUCAAAUUAUGCUGGCUGCCUUUAGCCAACACUAGGGGGAGCCUAGGAGCUAACUGCAUACAUUGAACUAAAUAAUAAAACUGUUUGCAGUAUACUCCUAAGCUUUCUUUUGUAGUGGCUAGAAUUCUUUAUUUAACUAUUUCAAUGCAGGGUAUUUGGAGCUCUGUAUGAGUAAAAUUGAACUCCAACUGAUUUACAAGUAUACCCUGAAGUUGAUCAGUAGUAAAUUAAGCUCUAAAGUCACAUGGUGUUAAGAGGUGAGCAUUCAUCUCAUCAAAAUCAGAGCAUGUAGCAGAGUUGAAGAUAACGUUUUACAUUGAAACUGCAGUCCAACUUGCGUUCAGCAUGUUAUAGCGCAAGAGGAGCUGAGCAGAAGGAAGUUUUGUGGGAAAAAGGUUCAGUAAAACUAGUGAAUUAAAGAGGCACUGUCAUUAUGAAAAUCUUUUAUAUUUUGUAGUACUACUGAUAAGAACUUUUUUAAAUAUAAAUUUAUUUUAAAAGAAUGUCAAUUUUACUAAAAAAUGAAAAAUGAAAAUAGCCGCCACUAGGGGUCAUCUAUCUUUAUGCAGACAGACUACUCUGUAUUUUGCAGCAUACUGAAUACCGGCCGUAAAGUGUGUUGGUAUCCAGUAUAGGAGAUCACUAUUGCACAACUGCAGCCUUCAGCUGUUCCUAUUGGGGGUACAAUCUUUGUAAAACUCUUUGUUUUAGAGCUGUAUAUUCUCCAGCUGUGUGCCUCCAGCUCUUGCAAAACUACAGACAAAGGAUGUGUGGGCAUGCUGGGAAAUGUGGUUUUGCAACAGCUAAAGGCAACACUGCUCUAACACAGUGCUUUAUAAAUACUGCAGCUCCAGCUGUUGCAAUGCAAAACUACAACUCCCAGCUUGCUUGAACAGCCAAAGCUUUCUCUGACUACUGAAUGACAAAGAAGCUGGUCAGACAUUCAGGGGUCUGUGAAAGCUGAAUGACACACAUAGUGACAGCUAUGUUGAUCAGCAUCCAGCUUUACUAGGAACAGGAAAUGUAUGCAUAAAAACUACUGAGCAGAGAUUUCAGACUGCCAGGCUGCUCCCAGACUCCCAGCAGAUGAGUCAUCCACAGUGAGCGAGAAAGAUGGACACGCCCCCUCCAGCAGGCAAGAAUACAAAGCAAGUGAGCAAGAUAUAAAUGCUAUUUGUUAGGGAUAUAUAGGUCCUAGACACAUAACAAUUUUAUGUACAUGAUCAGGAUUAGGUACUGAGUAACAUAUUUUUUUUUUUUAUUGGCACUAUGACAGGUACGCUCUAAAGGAGAAUUGUGGCAUAAAUUUUUUAAGUCCCCCUGUGCCCAGGCUGCAAAAACAUAAAAAAAUAACUUUAACUCACCUUCCUAAAUUCCUCUAUUGUGGAGAUAUCGGCAUCUCAUUCCUUCAGUACUGCAGGCUUCUGGCUUCUUAGGCUCUAGACAUCACAGUGGAGGCAGCGUAUCGCUGGCUGCAGCGAUGUCCCGCCUCGGCCGGUGAUAGGCGAUAGGCUUAACGUCAUGUAAGGAGUCCGGGCAGCAGGAAGAAGGUGGGGCCCGGGCUCCUAACAUGACAGUGCACUCAGUCUAUCACCGGCCGAGGCUGGACAUCGCUGCGGCUGGCAAUACGCUGCCUUCGGCUGUCCAGGCCUACUGGGAGUUGUAGUUUUGCAACAGCUGGAGGCACACUGUUUGGAAAACACGGUACUAAAUCUUUUUCCUAUGUCAAUCUGUUUAUCUCCUCCAGCGUUUUAACAUGCACUCUGCCUCUAUCCCUGCAUAUGACAUCUCUAUCAGACCGUUGUCUGACCAUAUAUUUGUUUAUGUAGGUCCAAUAAUGAAAGGAUUCAGUGGAUCUAAUGUAAGAAACAUAAUUAGCACUAACAUCUAUUUUUCAUCAACUUUUGGCAAAUUAUGUUAUAUAUAUAUGAAUACACCAGCCUAAAAGAUGUCCGCUAUAAUACACAGCCAAUGGUCUGAUGUAACCAUUGGAAUACACUGGUUAUGGUGGGCAUUGCAUGUGAGCCUGGCUUUGCAAGAAUAUACACCCUUAUAAAGUAUAUUGCACACUGACAGUGACAUUCCUGGUAAGCAUGGUGGCACAGUAGAGGGCAGUGCCCGCGGUCCAGUAGGACAAAGUCAUACCCUAUACAUGUAGUAGCAGUGGUUGCAGCUAUGUCUGGUCUGGGAGAAAUUUGAAAGAGAAAUUAUUCUAAAAAAAACAACAACAACAAUUGAGUGUUUUAUGUACUUUAUAAAAUGUAUGUAGUUCUAUAUGACAUAAAAUAAACAUAUCAGGU